AUGUGGCGUCGAACAUAUUUACUGUUAUUGGUGGUUCGCGUGUACUUCGCGCUGUCACCAAGCUAUCUACAUCCUGAUGAGAAUUUCCAAGGCCCAGAGCUUUUUGCAGGUCGCAUAUUCUCAUUUCCUUCAAAGCUACCAUGGGAGUUUACCGUUGAACACCCUAUCCGCGGCAUAUUCCCACUAUGGGCGACCUACGAGCUUCCAAUGAGCCUCUUGAAAUGGUUCUAUACCGAGAUCGGGUCGGGCAGUCCCCCACCUCACUUGGUUUACUAUGCGCUGCGCGGUGGAAUGUUCCUAUUAAGUUUUGUACUCGAGGACUGGGCGAUCUAUGAGCUAGUGCCUUCCCCGCGUCAUCGGCGCGCGACAGUGGUGCUAGUGGCCUCUUCGUAUGUCACCUGGACAUAUCAGACGCACACAUUCUCCAAUAGCCUCGAGACCCUGUUGGUUGCCUGGGGAUUGGUUCUGAUUCGGCGCAUUGUCGAGAAUAAACGACACUCGUCCUUCUUCUCCCACGCCGUGCUCGCCUUCAUCGCCGUGGUGGGCGUCUUCAACCGCAUCACCUUCCCGGCUUUCCUUCUAUUCCCGGGCCUACAAUUGCUGCCUCAGUUUAAGCGCAAACCACUCUCGUUCGCAGCAUUCCUCCUCUUUGGCCUCCUCUUUUCCUUCAUCGCAGUCUACGCAGACACAACCUUCUACCGGCCGACAGCCUCCCUCCUCAGCACCCUCCGCGACCCCAUAAUAACCCCUCUCAACAACCUCCUCUACAACACCGACACUGCCAAUCUAGCCCAGCACGGCCUCCACCCCCACCACCAACACUUCACCGCAAAUCUCCUUCAACUCCUCGGCCCAGCCUACAUCGCCAUGCUAGUCUCCCUCUUCAGCUGGCCACUGGUGCCAUACUGGAUGCGCAAUGUGCGCGCCCUCUCCGCGCUCUCCGCAACGAUGCUCCUCUCCCUCUUUCCGCACCAAGAACCACGCUUCCUCCUCCCAGCCGUGCCCCUCCUCCUCAGCUGCGUCCCCAUGCGCCGCUCCCGCCUUCUUCUCGCUGUGUGGGUCAUCUUCAACGCAGCCAUGGGAUUCCUCAUGGGCGUGUACCACCAAGGCGGUGUUGUCCCCACGCAGCUAGCAAUGCGCGACAUCGUCUCAUCCAGCACAACACACCACAUACCUUCCGCGACGGUCUUCUGGUGGAAGACAUACUCACCGCCGCUGUGGCUUCUCGGCGGGAACAACCAGUCCACAGAGAUCCAGACGCAGGAUCUCAUGGGAAUGUCCGGUGUGGAGAUGAUGCUCCAGCUGGAGCAGGUUGUACCUGCCUGCUCGAAUCCAUCAUCUGUAUUCCUGGUCGCGCCUACAUCGGCGGCUUUCCUCGACCAAUACGCUGUGUCUGCGCGUCAGAGCCGAGACCAGAGCUUGCAACUUCAUCCACUUUGGUCUUAUCGCAAACAUCUUAAUCUCGAUGACAUGGACUUCGGCGACGAUGGGAUCCUGCCGACUCUGAAACGGGUCGUUGGGCGCCGUGGGCUGGGUGUUUGGUCUGUGCGGAGAUCUUGCAAAUAA